GAUGGGUUUUCACCCGUUUGCGCUGUGACAUGGCGCUCUCAGUGAGAGAUGACGCGUUCCUGCAGAGGCUCCUCCAUUACAGUCCGGAACCCAGAUACGUCCAGGUCAACCUGCAGUUAUUUGGGAUGCCGGGGCACGGCAAAUCCUCUCUUAUUAACACGUGUCUGCGUAUUGUCCAUGGAGGGAGCUUUGAAAACACCGCCGGGUCUGGAAGGUCCAACCACCCCAUCACGAUGGACAGGAAGGACUACCGGCUGACGGCUAAAGUGCUGAUCACCGAUAACCGAGGGGUGAAUAAGAUGAGCCUGGAAGAGCAGGAGGAGAUCGCCGCUCAGAUGAGUCAGCUGCGCGGUCGGGAUAAGGUAGAAUGGGACCGAAGCCUCAGACAAAAAGUAAACCUGAUUCGUGAGCAAUUCCGCAAUCGCCCCAUGGAGAUCAUUGUCCCGGUGUUUGUAUACAGCGCAGAGAGUUUACUCACAGAUGAGCGAUAUGAGGAGAUGGAACCCUUCAUCCGAGGAGCUCACAACAUCACAGAUAUCUAUCCCAUUGUUGUCCUGACCAAGAUAAGAAGUCAUGCAAAUAUGGCGGCCAAGUGUUACAACAAGUUUAAGACUUUGGGAGCCGUCCACAUCUUCCAAGUAGAGAACUACACGGUGGAAGAACAUGAGCGUAACCCUGAGACACAGACGGAAGUGCUGAAAUUCCUGGACACCUGUCUUCAGGAGGUGGAUGAAAACAUCUCCAGGAGGGCAACUAUUGAUCCUCAGUACGUCUACGUGCAUCAGGCUAUGGAGCAGGUGCACAACAUGAUACAGAAACAAAAUGAAAAGAACGAGAUGAAGGUCCAGGUCCUAGAAGAGAAGUGUGAGAAGGGUGACGAGGAAAUAAGACGAAUGAAACAAAUAUGUGAUGAAAAAGAUCGAGAGCUACGAGAACUGCGCCAGUCGAGGAAGAAACCCAAGUGCAGGCUGCUGUGAGCGUUUCCCCUGACCCCCUGCUCUUCUCUUGUAUAUGUAUUCCUUGGUUAUUCUUUCUGACAUUCCCAUGUCAGUAGGGUGGGUCCCUACACAAUUUGAUGUGUCAGCGCUAAUUGGACAGAUAGUGUAGGGACUCAUCUCAUGGUCAUCAAUUUUUUCUUCAGUGCAAGAAAUAGUAAUUUCAUAUGAUGAGACCUUCUCCCGGAAGAGAGAUUGGGUUGACCUCUAGAAUCUCUAAGUGUGACCGGUCUUUUAAAUCCAUGGAAUGGGGGACAUCAACCCGGAAGAGUCCUGGAUGUGCAAUUAUUUUGGUAAGGAGCGCCCUUCAUGGGUGUCUGUGUUACAUGACAAAAAUAAAGUGGCUGAAGAUCAAGACUAAAUGUAAUGUCAUUUUUACAGAUUUCUCUAAUUUGUAUACAUCUUCACUAUGGAGGAAUAUCUUCUUUAUUCUCUUAUAUAAUUGAUAUACACAUGUAUAAUAUGGGCAGCUCGGUGGCUCAGUAGUUAGCAGUGGCUCAAUAAUUAGUGGUGGCUCAGUGGUUAGCACUGGUGCCUUGCAGCGCUGAGGUUCAAAUCUGACCAAGGACAACAUCUGCAUGGAGUUUGUAUGUUCUCCCCAUGUUUGUGUGGGUGUUCUCCUACACUCCAAAGACAUACAGUGAUCCCUCAAGAUACAGUGGCCUCCGGAUACAAUAUUUCCAGCAUACAAUGAUCUUUUCUGACCCAUCGUAAGUUGGAACCAGACUCAACAUACAAUGUCUCAGACUCUGAUCCAACCAAUCAAGGUCACUUCUCUGGUAAAGUAGUUGUAUUAGUUACUAGUUAGCGGCUAUUCCUGACUGUUAUGUGUAAGGACUUGUGUUAUCUGCCUAUUUUUCUUAAAUCUUCAUUUUCUCUUAUCUUGGAUGACAUUUUGGGUUUUUAGAACUGAUUUACUCAACAAUGGUCGUCCUGGAACCAAUUCAUAUUGUAACUUGAGGGACCGCUGUGCUGAUAGGGACCUUAGAUUUUGAGCCCCAUUGGGGACAGGUUGAUGCUAAUGCGCUGUGGAAUAUGUCAGCGCUAUAUAAGUGCAUAAAAUAAAUAAAUAAUGUACACUGAUGUGAAUAAACCGAAUAUCUAUGCUA